UGCAUUAUGUUGAGGCAUUUCCGCUUGACGGAGGAGUUUCAUUAUUAUGUUGAGUUUCAAGGCAUUAAACCCAGUUAGAACAAGUUGAACAAUUUAUGUCAGGGCAUUGCCCCCUCAGACAGACGUCUAGUAGUUUUAUGACCAGGCAUUUGCUGGUAACAGACCAAUUGGAGUGUCAUAUUGAGGCGUUUCUACUGGAUAGAAGAAUACUGAUUAUUCCAUUCUGGCCAGGAAGCCUACUUGACCAGAUAUGUGUGGCUUAGAAUUCAGCUAGGCCUGAUCUCAACACCAUGGACUUCCACAUGCCAAGUUAACCCUGUACAUACAUAUAGUUGACAAGAAAAGCUUAUUGUUUUACUGGUGCUGACAACGUUAUCUCAAUCAACAUGUCUUCUGUGAAGGUUGCGGUGAGGGUUCGACCCUUCAACAACCGGGAAAUCAGCAAAGAUGCUGAAUGUAUCAUAGAGAUGGAUGGGAAUACGACCACUAUACGCAAUCCCAAAGCAGGGCCCAAGGAGGCACAGGCAAAGAGCUUCAACUUUGAUCACUCCUACUGGUCUCAUACCUCGCCGGAAGAUUACAAGUUUGCCGGACAGAAGCGGGUGUAUGAUGACAUUGGUCUUGAGAUGCUGGACCAUGCCUUUGAGGGCUACAAUGUUUGUAUCUUUGCCUAUGGCCAGACCGGAGCUGGCAAGAGUUACACCAUGAUGGGCAAGAACGAGGCUGGACAGAAGGGUAUCAUACCGCAGCUGUGUGAGGAUUUAUUUCAACGGAUAUCUACUCCCCAUGGCCAGAGGACCUCUGGGGAUGACGAGUGCACCUUCUCUGUGGAGGUGAGCUACUUCGAGAUCUACUGCGAGCGCGUGCGAGAUCUGCUCAACCCGAGCAACAAGAACGCCCUGCGCGUGCGUGAGCACCCGCUGCUAGGCCCUUACGUGGAGGACCUGUCCAAGCUGGCCGUGCAGUCCUUCGAGGACAUCAACAACCUGAUCGAUGAGGGGAACAAGGCUCGAACCGUGGCCGCCACCAACAUGAACGAAACCAGCAGCCGCUCGCACGCCGUCUUCACCAUCAUCUUCAGCCAGAGGCGCCUCGACAAGCAGACCAAGAUGGUCGGGGAGAAGAGCGGCGCGAACAUGAGUGCCAAGAAGAAGAAGAACAAACAGGACUUCAUCCCUUACCGAGACUCCGUACUCACAUGGCUUCUGAGGGAGAACCUCGGUGGUAACUCCAAGACCGCCAUGGUUGCCGCUCUGAGUCCUGCAGACAUCAACUUUGAUGAAACCCUCAGUACUCUCAGAUAUGCCGAUCGGGCCAAACAGAUCAUGUGCAAGGCUGUGGUCAAUGAAGAUCCGAACGCCAGACUGGUCAGGGAACUCAAAGAGGAGGUUGCCCGGCUCAAGGAUAUACUGACAAUUGAGGGGAUUGAACUCAAUGAAGGCCAAACGGCUCAGGAGAUGAUGGAGCAGCGUGGCAGGUCGCGGUCGAGGAAAGAGUCGGUGACCUUGGAGGGUGGUGAUGAUGCCCUUGAGCGACUGAAAGAAUCGGAGAAACUCAUAGCUGAGCUGAACCUCUCCUGGGAGGAGAAACUACGCAAGACGGAGUCUAUUCGCAAAGAAAGAGAAGCUGUGCUGGCUGAGAUGGGCGUGGCUCUCAAGGAAGAUGGAGGAACUAUCGGCGUCUUCUCGCCGAAGAAGUCUCCUCACCUGGUAAACUUGAAUGAGGACCCUCUGAUGUCAGAGUGUCUGCUGUACUACAUCAAAGAGGGCACCACAAGGGUUGGUCUCCAUGACACGUCUACGCAGAAUGAUGUCCAGCUGAGUGGGUUUAACAUCCUGGAGGAGCACUGCCACUUUCAGAAUGAAGACGGUGUGGUGACUUUGCUGCCGUGUGAGGGCGCUCUCUGCUACGUGAACGGCCGCCAGGUCACAGAGCCAACCGUCAUGAAGACUGGCACUCGGCUCAUCCUGGGAAAACAUCAUGUGUUCAGGUUCAACCAUCCUCAGCAGGCUCGAGCAAGCCGUGCCAUGAUGAGCGAGUCCAUGAUUGAAUCGACGGACAUGCCUAUCACUGAGCCUGUAGACUGGACCUUUGCCCAGCUGGAGCUGCUGGAGAAGCAGGGCAUUGACCUCCGCAAGGAGAUGGAGAGUCGGCUGAUGCUUCUGGAGGAGCAGUACCGCAAGGAGAAGGAGGAGGCCGACCAGCUGUUUGAACAGCAGAGACAGGAUUAUGAGAAUCGCAUCCAGUCUCUCCAAGAGCAAGUGGAGAGACACUCUAUGAUCUCCAGCGUAGCCACCACAAACAUAUUUGAAGAAGAGGAGGAAGAAGAGGAAGUCCAGUGGACUGACCGUGAGAAGGAUCUGGCUGCCUGGGGAUUCCGCAAGUGGAAGUAUCACCAAUUCACUUCGCUCAGGGAUGACCUGUGGGGUAAUGCCAUAUUCCUGAAGGAGGCCAAUGCCAUCAGUGUGGAGCUCAACAAGAAGGUUCAGUUCCAGUUUGUGCUGCUGACGGACACUCUGUACUCCCCACUGCCGGGCGAGCUGCUGCCGUCGGAGGACCGGGAGGAGAACCGGCCCUUCCCCAAGACCAUCGUGGCCGUUGAGGUGCAGGACACCAAGAAUGGCGCCACUCACUACUGGAGCUUGGAGAAACUACGGCAGCGCCUGGAGUUGAUGCGUGAGAUGUACCACAACGAGGCGGAGCUGUCUCCGACCUCCCCCGAGCCCAACAUAGACAGCAUGACCGGCGGCGAUCCCUUCUACGACAGGUUCCCCUGGUUCCGGCUGGUCGGCAGAGCAUUUGUGUACCUGAGCAACCUGUUCUACCCUGUGCCUCUAGUGCACAGAGUCGCCAUCGUCAAUGACAAGGGAGAUGUGAAAGGCUACCUACGUGUGGCUGUGCAAGCCAUUACGGACAAAGACGAACCUCAGGAGUUCACCCCAGGCAUCAAGCAGUCUGGCAAUGCCAAGAUAACUUUCUCUGACGAGGAGUACUUCAACAAGAAGCAGGAGAAAACCACGAGCUUCCCUCUGCCGGAUCAGCUGGCAAAGAAACUGGAGGCUGUCUCCUCCAUGGAGGAGCUGAGGAUUGUGGAGGGCGAGGGGCAGAACCAGGACAGUUCCAUUACUACAGAGAUGCAUCAGGUGACCGGCGACAACCGCUCGGACUCGGACAAGAUUGACUACUGCCCGGAGAUGAUCAGCUCAGAGCUGCCCGAGCACCUGACCAUCAACAGCCAGUUCCAGUUCCGGGUCACCAUCCUGCAGGCCUCCUACAUCUCGCCGGAGUACGCCGACAUCUUCUGUCAGUUCAAUUUCCUGCACCGCCACGAUGAGGCAUUCUCCACUGAGCCUCUCAAGAACACUGGCAAGGGACCACCACUGGGCUUCUACCACGUUCAGAAUUUCACGGUGAAUGUGACCAAGUCGUUCAUCGACUAUGUGAAGAGCCAGCCACUGGUCUUUGAGGUGCUGGGACACUACCAACAGCACCCACUGCACGAGCAGGCAAAGGACUGCCCCUAUGUGAGGCCGCCCCCAAGCCGCAGUUUCCCCAGCAUGCCAGUGUCCAAGCCGGUACCCUCACCCAAGUUCGGCAUCGUCACUGCUCCAAGGUCCCUCAUUCUCAAUGUGUCCAAGGCUGCAGGCUUUCGCUCCAGCCCUGUGCACUCCCAGUGUGAUCUCCUGGUUUGGUUUGAGAUUUGUGAACUGGCACCAAAUGGAGAAUAUGUUCCGGUUGUGGUUGACCACUCUGACGACCUCCCGACCCGCGGCGUGUUCCAGCUCCACCAGGGCAUUCAGCGGCGUCUGCGGAUAACCAUUGUACACGAAAAGAGGACCCACUUUGCCUGGAAGGACGUCCGCGAGCUGGUCGUUGGUCGCAUCAGGAACACACAGGAGUUUUACGAUUAUGACAUAGAGACAACCGUACUCUCUCUGGGUCUAUUCCCCGCGCAUUUCCUACAGUACAACAAUGACGACAGAGUGUUCUUUGUCUUUGAGGCUGCCUGGGACAGCAGCUUGCACAACUCCACCAUGCUGAACCGUGUCACAGCCUAUGGGGAGAAGGUCUACAUGACUCUCUCAGCUUAUCUUGAGGUGGACAACUGCUCUCAGCCGGCCUGCAUCACCAAGGAUCUGUGUAUGGUGGUUCACUCCCGAGACACCAAGAUCUCCGCUCCCAGUCCCCGUUUCAGAGCCCUGAAGAACUUGUUCGGCGUGGCCAAGCACCCUGACUGUGGCAAGGUCUCCGGGAUCUAUGAACUUCUCCUGCGACAGUUCUCAGAGUCAGGCUCUGAGCGUCGUCAGCGCAGAGUGCUGGACACGUCCUUGACCUACGUGCGUGGAGAGGAGAACCUGAAUGGCUGGCGUCCCCGGGGAGACUCGUUGCUAGGCGACCACCAAUGGGAGCUGGAAAAGCUGACACGCCUACAGAUGGUGGAGAAGACGCGACACGUCAUCCUGCUGAGGGAGAAACUGGCCGAGCAAAACAAGGCCUCUGAGCUCAGCAAGCUCGACAAAGAGAUUGUCAACCGGCAGGCCAAGGUGAAGAGCCAGCGAGUCAAGAAUGACGAGACAGAACAGAAGGUGGACGAGAACCCGAAGGACAUAGACGUGAAGGAGAAGACCAUGCAGAUUCUCAGCCGGGGUGAAAGUCUCGAGCUGAAGACAGACGGGGAGCCAGAGAAAGAACUGGCUGCCAAGUGUGUGCGGUUCAUGCUGCAGGGCCGACUUCCGCUGAAACCCCCACCUGUGAAGCAAGCAGACUCGAUGCUGAGCUCCACUACCACUGUAGCCUCUGAGGAGAGUGAGGGUGGUCAGUCCAGCUCUGACUCCCUGGCCGCUAGCAUGAACAGCUCCAUGGUCUCUGACCAACUAGUCAAGUCUGUGACGGCCAUCCCCAUCCAAGUGAGCAAGUCAUGUGAUAGUCUGCUGACCAGCUCCCCCUCCCCCUCCAGCGAUGCCGCUGACCGCAAGCUCUCCCUGCCCAUCAAGGCCAUCAAUCUGGACACACCCAUGUUUGUGCCAGAUGUGGAGGAAGUGCGGGCCAGCCCCGUGGUGUCGCGGCGCGGAUACCUCAACUUCCUGGAGGACCAGACUAGUGGCUGGACCAAGAAAUGGGUGGUGGUGCGUCGUCCGUAUGUGUACAUCUACAACACAGAGAAGGACCCUGUGGUGCGUGGCAUCAUCAACCUGGCCACAGCCAACAUCGAGUACUCAGAGGACCAACAGGCUCUGCUCAGGACACAGAAUGCGUUCUCGGUUAUGACCAAACACCGCUGCUUCCUGCUGCAGACCAUUGAUGACAAGGAUUUCCACGACUGGCUGUACGCCAUAAACCCACUGCUGGCAGGGCAGAUCAGAUCAAAACUGUCCCGCAGGAAGCAGCCAAUGAAAAUCUAAAGGCUCCUGUGGUCGGCCGGGUUCAGCCCUUUGAUGUUCUACAUGUUGUCCUUGUCAACAAAAUGCUUCUACACCAAAACCAUCAAGUGGUCAACUGUACCCCAAGUGUGUGAUUUGUUCUCUAUGGAGUGGUGUCACCCAGUGUUCUAUUCCAGUCAUGCACCAUAGCCAAGCACAUUUGGUCUACUCUUAUCUAUAAUGAUAGUCCCCUGAUAUAACAGACUUUUUUUUCUCUCAUUUCUCAUUUUCAUCAUCAUGUGACAUACUUUUUCCUCCAUGUUCAUCUUCAUAUGACAUAGUUUUCCUCUCAUUUUCAUCUUCAUGUGAUAUAUUUUCCCUCUCAUUUUCAUCAUUUGAGAAGUCUGGGCUCCUUCAUGGAGAUAAUGAGAAGAUAAUGAGAAGAGUUGUGUUAAAUGACUUGAAAGUCUUUGGUUUGAUACUUAGAAAAGAGAUAAAAGAAGAGAGUGAAUCCUUCUGAGGGUCUUUGGAAGUGUUUUUUGGACAUGCAGAGUGUGCACCCUAAUGUGUCAAUGAUUGAGUGAUGAAUGAUGGGCCGGGGGGAUGUGAGAAGAUAUGGAAUGGACGAGGUUUUUGUCAGUGGUCAAGGGGCCCCUGACUUUGUAUCAGUUGCCAGGGGGUUGAUGAGUUGGGGGUUUGAGAAGUCCUGACAAAGGCUUUUGUCAGAGUUGAAGGAAGACUUGUUUUCUGUCAUGAUUGUCACAUGAUCUGAAACAAUCAUUAUUGUCCGUUCCAUCUUGUCACCCAUGAAAAUUCCUUGCCAGACACUUGGCUCAUCGUGUACCUCCAGCGUAAGGUUGUAGUAUUACGAGUCACUCUGUUGUUUUGGCCUACUCAUAGACUUGAUAUUUUUGUUCUGCUUUUUUUUUUUCCUAGAACGGAAUGGGAACUGGAUUAUUUGUUUUAUUGUCAAGAGGUUGUUUAUUUUGGGGUUUUUUAAAUUGCUGCUCUAGUGUUUUUGCCAGCGUCCCAUAAUGCGCAACUCGCAAAGCAUAAUGCUCAUCUCUUUUACUGUAUAUAUUGAGGUAUUUUCGGCACACAGGGUUAAACAUUUUCUUCUCAAAUAUUGUUUUUCAAAAUCAUUUGUAUACUUCCUGGUUGUAGCAGUGUUAUUUGAAACUCUUCUUUAGAUGUAUCAGGACCUUCCCAUUUUCAAGGGUUAAAAAAAAUAGCUACUUGCAUUUGUGAACAAUUUAUAAGGAGCUUUGAGAAGAAAAAUCAUAGCUUUUGGAAUUACGACAGCUAGUUGAUGGCAUUUUGUUUCAUAGCUAAAAGUUAAAAUGACAAACUUCAGAAUGAAUAAAAGUAAAUCACAUCUGGCUCCUCUUUAGUCAAUUGAUAUAGGAAACAUAUUUAUGUCUAACUCCCUCUUCUAUAUACAGUGCAGUAUAUUACCAUAGCCGAAUUUUCUUGUGCAUGUUAAAGUUGAUGUUUACAGCAGAUCCGUGACAAGCCCUCAUUAUAUGAUUAUUUCAGAGUGCAAUAUAUAAUAAGCUAUUGUGUGAUUAUUUGUGACGGUCUGUGCUCUCUUCUAUGUGUGCUCCAGUCGACGGUCUAGUAGUUUCAGCGUCUUUUUCAUCAUCGCUGCUCACAAAUAUUGGAUGCUUUCUUGUCAUUGUUCUAUGCCACACUAGUCAUAAUCAUCGAAUUUUGUAGCUGUUUUUAUGUAGAUGCUGCCAUUUCUUGAGACGCCAUCUCACUGUCUGUUGUAGAAGCAAUGAGCUGUCCACCAUUGCUUUUCCCAUUCCUCUUAUUCUUAACCUUCAAAUUCUAAUUUCUGAAUUUCUUUCUUCUGAAUUUGCAUUUUUCCAUUUCUUACUAUAUGGUUUCUUUUUAUUUUUACAUUUAUAUUUUUUUUUAUUCAUCAAUUUCUCCUGGUGUUUAUCAGAGUACCGUGGACAUUCUCCACAAACUAAACUCCUGGUCAUAAUAGAUGGUCUUUCAUACUUUGUACUUUUCCUCUCUUCCUCCUCCUUAUUCCCUUCUUCCUUCCUUUUGUCCUCCUUAAUCCUUUCAUAAUACUAAAAUCUGCCACUUGCCAUAUUGUGACUGGGUAAACUGUGGCCAUAGCCUAUAGUCUCGUGUUUUGCAGACAGAGAGAACAUCGCUUUCUAAUAUAACGUCCUGUAAUUCUGACUUUUUACACAGUUUCAAGAAAUGUAUGUUUUGCUACUCUUUACAAGCAUGUUGCUUGGUUGGAGAAUGACAAAGGGUUUUUAACCUGGUUCAGAAAAGUUGUGAUUGUCCAUUUGUUAGACAUGCAAGCUUUCUCUACUUUUUCAGCUUAGAAACUGUUCUAAAGAGUCUUCUUAAACUUCAAAUUAAGAAAGACUUCUUUUCCUCCACAUAUUAUAUCAAAUAGUAAUCAUUGUAAUCUUUUGCUUAUUCAAUAUUGAUUAUUACAGCCUCCAUCGGUGUGGUGUAGGAUUUGUUAAAGGUUUUACUUUAGAAGGAAAUUGUUGGCUAAUGAGCAAAGAUGCUGAAGGCACACCCUUAAUGUGCUGGUCUUGUAGAAUUACUGUAGAUCACAACAUCAGCAUAAUACUUCACUGUUACAAAAAUAGCCCAGAGGCUUUGAGUCCUAGAGAUACCAGAAAUUAAGAGUUAAGAGAAGUAAAGGGAAAGUUGCCAUGUGAUCUAGAUUUGUGUCCUGUUUGUGAGCCAGUGUGGUUGGUCAGUGAAUCCAUGUUCUAUUGUUGUGUAGACUUUCUCUGAGAUGAGUCAAAGAUUUGGAAAGUUGUAUAAAGGUCAUCGAUUGAAUUGUCUUGUCUGUCGCUCGCUCACAGAGUAAUCAAAAAUUGUUUUUGUAUAAUUUUGAGUUUCAAGUGUCAUAGCUCAAAAUGACUUGAGGGUGGGUGGUGUGUGCUACAUAGAAAACUGUAUCAUAUUUUGUACAUUUUACUUUUGUAAUAUUAUCUUUGUGUUAGGUUGUUUUGUUUUGUUUUUGUGCCCUCCUUUCAUAAUGGUGCUUUUAUAUCUGACUUUGGUGUCAAGGCCACCCAGCUUUCAAACUUGUUUGACGUUUCUGCGGAUGACAAAUCUAUUUUUGUUUCAACGGAAUAGGUAAUAGUUGCUCUUUUUUGGUUAAAUUGUAUAGUUUUCCUUUUUUUCCCUUCUUCCCUGAUUUGAAAGAAUUUUGUGUUUGGUGAUAUGAAAAUUGCCUUAAUCAGUUCUGUUGUGAAUGGCUCAGAAGGCAGAUAUGUUUUGCUGUGUAUACCCCACUUAGUUUUUCAAAAGGCUUUCCUGUCCACUCAUUAACAUUGAAAAAAAAAAACAUUGUCAAGUCUCAACUGACAGAAAUUAGGAGUAUGUUAGACUUUCAUAAUUUGGCUUAUUUUUUAAAUUCAGUUUGUUUUAAGUUUUUCUAUUUUUAUGCCUUUAGAACUCUCAAACUACAAUUUUGUUUGAUAAAAAGUAGGUCUUUGCUGUUUUUUCCUUACUUGCUUGUAGUUUAUUGUUUAUUUUUCUACAUCUUGUAACUUAGGUCUUUUUAUACAUGUGUCUUUAAGGAACAAGGGUUGUAAGAAGUCAUUCCCUACAGACUUAUAGUCCCCAUUGUCUUUUGAUAAAUAUGUAUAUGCAUUUGAAGAUAAAGAAAAUUGUGACAUUGAAAUCAAUUUCCAGCUUCUUUUGUACCACAAAGAUUUUUUACUCGUGAGAGACUUUACUAACUUGAGUCAUUCAGGGAUGUCUUGUGCUCCAAUCAGAUAAUCCAUUGAAACAGCUUCAGUGGUACUUUUUGUACAUAGCAGGUUGUCUUUUGUUUGGCAUAUCUGACUGAUGUUGGGCAAGUGGCAGGGAAAGUGUGACCUUUUCUGACCCCUUCUCGUGCUCAGGUAGUAUGACAUGUUCAGAGAAGCUUACUUUGUGAUGCUAAAAAUAGAAAGUGAGAUUUUACUGGUAUGACGUAUGGAAACCCUUUGUAUAGUAAUUGAGGGACAAGGGAGAGAAUAGGCUGAUUAGAGUACUAGGUAUUUGGAUAUUCUUUUGUUAGUUCCAUGGAAUGUAGAACGUUACUGCUCUACUGACUGGCACAGUGUGUAGUUAACUCACUCGUUGUCGAAUGUAGAGAAAAACUGCCGUAGUAAUGAAUACAGAUCUACCUUAGCUAAAGGCAUGUGUUCUUGCUCUACGUUUUAAGUAAAGGUGGAGAAAGCUGAGGAAAGCCAAGCGCUUUUAUUGACCUGCUUCUGGGUUCAAUCGCAUUCUUGUGGCUCUCUGGAAAAGAGGAGUGUUCUUGUGUGAUUUUGGGAGGUGAAGGGCAGGGGGAGGAGGGCUUGGGUGGAAGGAGAAAUGGGUAGGAUUUUGGGGUGGGGGUGGAGAGGAGGGUUUAUUUUUUUCUUUCCUCAUCACUUGUUUCAUCUUGACUGUGAUCAUUCUGUAUUUUUCCAUUAAUUGUGCUGGUAUUACUUAUUUAAGUAAGCACUGUGUAAAGUGUAUGUAUCGAUUGUAUCAGUUGUGAUUAUUUAAGGAACGGUGUACAUUUUGUGUAUCAUAUUUGGUGUGUCUUGCUGUAGCAUACUCGUAUCUCGUCAAAGAAAAGUGUACAAAUUUCUGGCUGAAAAUCAGCAAUACCGAUCAGUAUGUUUAUGUUAGUUUGUCUGGCUUUCAGUUGAUUGAAAUAAUCCUGAGGAUAGGCCCCCGUGUUUCUGAAAGCGGUCAAAGUUUGAAAAGAAAUCCUGUCUUUUUGACCAGUCACAGGGAUGGUGUUGUGUAUCUGGGUUGUCUGAUGUUUGACCGGUCCAUCUUCCCUGAAUGAUCCUCAUCUGUAUUUCUGACUAAAAGACUUGUAAACAAUACCUUUUAUAUCCUUGAAACAGGUGAAAAUAUUACUGCCCCAUUCCAUGAAACUUACAGUUUGCUGUCGUUGUGAAAUCCUAUUCAUUAUUUCCAGCAAAAAUUCUUUCUCCCUCACUGAUUCAAAAACAGAAACACAUGUACUUACACACACACACACACACACACACAUAAGUACACACAUAUGCACACACACACACGCAUAUGCACACACACACACACACACACACACACACACACAUAAUUACACAAAUAUAAAAACAUAAGCUUACACACACAGGUUUACAACACAUAAUAUAAGAACUGCAUAUUAUGUGAUCUUUUAUUUAUAUGUAAAUUGGAUAUUUUGCCAUUUCCGUAACUCAGGGUUAGUUGUAUGUUGUUCUUGGUCUACAGACUCUGACUUUUCUGAACUGAUUUCUCAAGUCUUCAUGGUUACCUUUUCUUACAAUAUAAAACUUAUGUUGUGUAUGAGCCGUGUUGACUGGACUUUACAGAGAGCUACUCUCUCUUCAAGUGAAAUUUCUGUCAAGUUGUGAAGACCACUACGACUACCUCGUGGUAGGUUGAAAUGUGAAUGGAUUCAGUGUGGUUUGUCUGGCAAACCCUAAAGCAUAAUGAAAAAAUGAUAAUAUAGCUUUCUCCGCAAAGAAAAUGCUCCAAGUGAAAGUACAGCUUUGCUGUUCAUGAUCAAGGCAGCCAGAGUAUAUAAACAUAACCAAGCACAAUUUGUUGUGAAAUUCUUUAGUGCUGUUCAGGGAUUUUUUCUCAUGCUUCUUGAAUACCCAAUUUUCAUGAUUUUAAACGAAAUCUGCAAAUUCAAGUCAUUUGCAAAAUGUUAAAAGGAGCACAACUGCAAAUAAUACAUGUCAAUGGGUGACUCAAAUUGCUAAUUCAAAAAGUUCUAAACAUAAACUUAAUGGGGAAAAGGCAGAAAAAAAACAAACGAAACGAGUGUAUAGUAUUCUUUUAGACCAGUAUAGCUCCUAUGCUUUUGCCAACACAAAGUCUCUUAACAUGAAAUAUCCUCUUUACUGCUCCUCUGAUCUAUGCGCACUUUUGUUUCCCAUUAUUCUCUCCCUGGUAUGCUUUUGAUAUCACAUUUUGACUGGUUUGAGUUACUUACAUUUAUCCACACAGGCAUUGGUAAAAGAUAACUUUUGUUUUCUUUUUCUUCUUUUACAGUCUGUCAAUCUGUUAAAAUGCAUGUAUGUGUAUAUUUUUCUCUUUUCUGCUCUGUGUCUUGUUUCUGUUUUCUCCAUCUUGUCCUCUUUCCAAAUUUUGUCUUUCCUUCUAUGGAUAUAUUGCCCUUUAUCUCUUUUCUUUCCUGUAAGAAAUCCAAAAUCCAAAUGUUUUCUUCUCAGUACAAGCGCACUACCCUCAUUUCUCACUUCCUCCCUCACAUCCCCCUCAUAGCGGAAAGGAGGGGGGGGGGGGUGUUUAAGGUCUUACUCCUUUUCUUUACUCUGCUCAUACUGUUUUUCUAUCUUGUACACACAGAUACACACACACACACACACACACACACACACACACACACACACACACACACACACACACACACACACACACACACACACACGCACAGGGAAAUACUUAUACACCCCGCUAAACAAAGAUACACCUGUUGUGAGAUGGUACACAUACAAAAGAACAAACGUGGACAUACGUCAGUUCUUAUUGCCAUUCUUAAUCGUGCAAUAUCUGUGUAGUGUUCAUAUCUUCCAGCCUAGUGAAUGUGUCAGCCCGUGAAUUCACUUUACUGUGUCUUUGUUUAAUUUGUUCAGCUUCUUAUGUGUAGAAUUAUGGACCGUUCUCUCUUAAUCCCUUUCGUUUCCCCCUGUAUAUUUCAUGCUUUGUUAUAUAAAGCAACGUAAAAUUAUUUUCAAAAGUGGAAUUUCUGUACCUGUUGUCAUGGAUGAUUUGUUUCUUAUUAUCUGUGACUUUUACUGGUUGGGAAGGAAGUCCUUCUGAGUAGAAACAACAUUGUUGAUAUGUGUUGACUCUUGCUCUUUUUUAUGUUCAGUGUAUGUCUCAGUUGGUCACAGUGUGGCUUUACAAAGAGAUAAAGAAGGGUAAUAUGCUUCACACAGACAUUUCUGAUUGUUUGAGUGCAUGGCUUUUCUUUUUUCCACCCUGGAGUGCCCAAACGGGUUGUUUUUUUUUCUUUCUGGCAGAUAUUUCGGCAUAACUUGAAUGUCCAGAUUAUGCGUUGACUCUCAGACAACCACUCUUUAUCAACCAGAUUUGUAUGUGCAAUCUCAGAGGACUUGAAUGUCCAGAUUGUGCAUUUAUUUUUUGUGGACUUGAAUGUCCAGAUUGUAUGUGGGCUUUCUAUGGACGCGAGUGUCCAGAUUGUACCUUUACUUUCUGUGGACUUGAAUGUCCAGAUUAAUGACAAAUUAUUUUCUAUGGACUUGAAAGUCCACAUUUGUAUAUAUUGACUUUCUAUGGACUUGAAUGACCAGAUUUAUGAUAAACACUCUUGGGACUUCAUGGUUCAGAUUUGAUUUUCUGAAAAAGACUUGCAUAUACUAAGGACUGGAAGCUGUGGACUUGUAAAAAAUAUAACUUUUCUGAGAACUGGAUUGUCCAGACCUGUGAACGGCAAAGCUAGUGUGUCUAAUGAGAGGGAAGUUCAGGUCUCUGUCGUCUCCGCCAGAAUUGCUAUCCAGAAUCCGGUUUUGAUAAAUUGGGUUGUCUGCUAUGGUAGAUCAGAACAGUAUAAAGGCAAAAGUUAUUAGCAUAAACCGUGAACUUUUUUUCUCGGUUUAGCUUUCAGUGAUCCCCGUGUUGAAACUUGAAGAAAUGCUUUCGAAUGUGAAAUGGUGAUUUCAACUAGUCUGGUGGGAAAUUUUAUGUGCAGACUUUUUUGUAUUGGUCUUUUGUGGACUAUCACAGGUAGGCUUAUGAUAUUGUUGGCCAGCUCCUCAGAUGUAUUUGUCUAUAAUUUUGAAAACAAAUGUUUGUUAUUAGAGUUUCUCAGUUUGUGGUAUUGGUUGUAUGUGCUCGUGAAAUAUUUUUCUGGAAUUCAAAUUCUAAAUGUUGAAAAAAGCAAGAAAAGAUACAUAAUUCUGGUACAAUUUUGAAAAGAAUUAACAGGGUUUUUUUUUCUUUUCAGUAAAAAAGUUUGCUUUCUGGGCUGAAAACAUUUGAAUAGCUUGUCAAUGACAUGCAUAUCCUUGUAUUGGACACUACCACGACAGUCAUGUAAACGUACAAGUGAAUGGGUCAAUAAAAAUAUACAGUUGUAGUUUGAGGCAACUUUCCUCAUGCUUACAUCUCUGUACUGGUCAAGUCUUUCUCUACUUGCAUAUAUAUAAGCAUUACAGGACACAAAGCAUGUUGUCAAAGUCUGUGCAUUGUCACACGACUUGAUAUUAAACAUAAUGAUAUAUGGUGUAUGUAGUGAUCUGUCAUAUGUCCUCUGUGAUAUAAUGACAGGGCUCAGGACAUAAUAUAUCUGGUAUGGUAAUGCGAGGGAAAGUUGACACAGCAGAGAUGUGCAAGGUCCCAUAUACUGUGUAGAGAAUUAAGUCCUCUGUUCCGAUGCCAACACUUUUUUACAUUUGAUCAAUGAAUAAAUGAGACUGGAUAGGAGAGGGAGAAAGUCAGAAAGUUGUUUCUGUAAAGCAUGACAUUAAUAGAUACAUUAUGAUAGAAAUAUACAAUGUAUAUGGUGUUCUUAGUAUCUACACUAUCUUUAGAAGUAUAUUGGCUGCUUAUAGCACAAUCAUCUUUUGUAUGGGUUCAGGGGUGGUUGCUAUUGGGUGUAUGGACAUCAGAACUUGCGACUUAAUUCUUCAGGAUGUGAUGUGCGAAUGCCUUUCGACAUUUCGGAGGAAAGUUGUAUUAACUUUACACACAUACCUCAUUUUACAAGACUUUUAUGAAGAAAAUUAUUUAAAGAGAUUUAUUUUAGAAUAGUUAAUUUGACACACGUACCAUGUUCGCAAGACUUCAUUUGGAAUGGUGAGUGUAUUUCAGUAAAAAGGUAAACCACAAUACUUGGCAAUGUGUUUCAUAUAUUUCGUGAGUGAGACAUUUACAAAAUUACUCCUUAAUGUGUAUCUAACUGCCAUGGGAGACAGGUUGGCUGUUUUGAGAAGGGCGGAGGGGGAGUUGUUAAAAUUGUUUUGUUGUUGUUUUUUUCUUAUGAAUAUCUAAGGCCUCCUGGGUGGAAAGUGAUGUAAGUUUGCCUUUGUGUAUGUGUGUACAUAUAAUAAUAUAUGAUUAUGAUUAUUACGGAAUCUCUGACAGGGCUGCUGUUGUAUGCCCCCCGUUGUCAUCGUCUUGGUAGACUCUACUACUACUACUACUACUGGUUGUUUUCGCUAGCUGUGUGUGUAUCCCAUGCUUCAGUCAGUCUCGUGUAUGCUGCUUUCUGCUCCUCAUCAUCCGGACCGGCUUGUGUCUCUUGUGCUGUAUCAGUCAGUCAAUCAAUCAAUCAUCAUGAAUCCAAACCGCUAAGCUUUCUUCACGUAUCGUAGUAGAUGAGAUUUAUGCCACUCGCUCUGUGUAGCCAUAGGCUAGCGGGGGCUGGGUAGUAAGUUGUCGUCUGUCGCCACCACCGCAGCCGCGAGCUGAGGUUUUCUUUUUUUCUUUUUGUUCUUUUGUUUCGUUGUUUUUUUUCUCUCUGAUGUUUUCCGUCAAACUUUUGUGUGUCUUGUCACCAUUCCAAGUCGAGCUUACGUCAGCGCUCCUAAAAAAAUAAAAAAACAACUUACAAUAAACUUUGCGAGUCAAAA